GCGCAGUUUUUGCAGCAUAGAUAACGUUGAUAAUCUUAUCUCUCCUUUCGUGUAGGCUACCACAGUCGACAAUGUAUCAAACGCUUUUCAGCCAUUAUUGGAUUCAGUGCAUCUAUAAACUGCUCCGUUAAAGGAAAAUCUGGAUGAGGUCGGCUCGAAACGCUGAUCGCGGAUCAACCGCAUACAUGACUUCUGACGACAGAGUUCUCAAACCUCUAUCAGAAUGCGUUGGUCCAUCUUUGCAGCAGUGCAAGAAGUUGACGGAUGGUACAAAACAUCAAUUCAUCAAACUGCAUGACCCCGGUGCUAGCGGAUUGCCCUAUUCAGCAAAAUUUCGACGCGGUCACUUGUUUUGGAAGCUACACGGUGAGGAGUGCUUGGUCACUAUCGGGUCCAGCUAUGUAGCGCAAGUUACGAUCGACAACAUUCCUGAGCUGGAUAAUCAGACUAGCUUCGUCGAAGCGAAACGGACAUUAAUGAGACGUUUGAAAAUUAAGAAGGUGCUACUGGAUGAGUGUCAACAGGAAAUAGAGACAUAUGCUGACAGCAUUAAAGUGCAACUGGAACAAAUCGGCGAAAAAUGUGUAACUGACUUGAAAAGCGCCAAAUCUAUGUUGGAUAUAAUUAGAAUUGCCGAAAAGCAUAAGUACCAAGUUGGGUUCAACGUUUGUAAAGAUUUAUGUAAGAGCAAGUUCAUAAACGACAUGCAACUAAAAAUAGCAGUCGUCAUGUACGUUUCAAAAAAAAACUUUCACAGAAGUACAUAUAAUUAUCAGCGAAAGGCAAAAAUAUUCGACGAACGGAACAAAACCAAAAAAUUUUUGCAAAAAUCACUUAACAUAAUAUUGGGUCAACACAAGAAGGAACUUCUGAAAUGCUUCUCCUCUACAAUUGGGGAUUUAACAAUACUUAAACCACGACACUGUUUAUUGAUCAGAGCAAAUGACAUAAAUCUCUUCAGUAGUCUGGAAUCUGUACUGAAAGAAACCAUGUAUGUAACAGUGCUGUCAAAAAUUGCAAACAAUUUUAUCAACCGAGUCGCUGCCCUCAAGCUGGAAGACUUUGACAGUUCACUGCCUGUUACCAAUGAGAUAUACUUUUAUGUGUGCAGAAGUCUAAUGGAGAUAGCGAUGCGUGUUGAAACAACCUUUGGUAUUGGAAACGUCAUUAAAUAUGCAGAAGAUCAUUGGGAAGUGACCGUCUCAGUAAACCAUUCAUCACAGACUGCAAUGGAAAAGUGCCUGAAGAAGCAACUCCAAGUGCUCGUUGAAAUGGCAAACCAUUUUGAGCCCGGGAAGGCAACCGCUAAACAGAAUUACCCUUAUCGGUUCCAAAGCAAGCUGUUUAAGGGCUCAGACGCUGUCCACUACGGGCAACACUUAUGGAUGUGUUUGGCGGACGCAACUAUGGUUAGCAUUUUCGAGAACAAUGAAGCAAAUAUGAAAAAGUUUUCAGCAGUUUUUGACAUGUUUAGCAAAUACUUGACAUCUGAGCAUGUAAGAGACCAUUCGCAAGAAUCUUGGCGUAUUUUGACCCACAACAUGCUGGAGUUUGUAGCUCAAGUCGAGCAAUCAGAAUUUACUACCACCGAAAUGGAAAAGAAGAUAUUAAUGAUGCAGAUCAACUGCAUGAAAGAUGGAAGCGCAACGUUUGAAAUGUUCCGUGAUGCAAUGGACGUUUUCAAAGAAUAUCAGAAAUGGAUCAACAAAAUUUUAUCCCAACUUCCACUUAAAUUGCAGGGAAAUCACAUGACGAACAUAGUCAAAGAGCUUCAAAGCAGCCUCUUGGAUAUUCCAUUUCUAGCAUUGCAAAAGAAAGUCCCUCUCGAAGAUGUAACAAGUUUUUUUAGAGCUUACUGUGAGUUGCUCAUAGAUUUCAACAGUCUAACAUUAGAGUGGUAUGUACAAAUCAGCAAUAAUGACCUCAAGAAACGCCUCAUUGAUAAUAAAUACAUUGAAUGUGUGCAAAACCGCUUGAAGCAAACGACCCAUGAAUGUUAUUUAGUGCUUGAACAUGAUGUUUUUGCUCAAAUACACAAAGCAGAAGGUAUACCUCAACACUAUCAAGCAGAAACACUGAUGUCGUUAUUCAAGUAUAUUGCCGACUUGAUAGAAAAACAUAGAUGGAAACAACACGAAACCUUGUCAGAACAGCAACAGCUGCAGGUUUCGAUACUUUUGAUCAGUGCCGUUAGAAGUACGCUUCCGUAUGUUAAAGAGCAACCAGAAUACUUGAACUUUGCCAAGUAUUAUGAAGAACGCACCACUCCAUUCCACAGUGUCAUCGAGGAGAGUGCAUCGCUGGAAAAUUUCACAAAGCGUGUAUCGCAGAUCAAAAAAUCAUUCCGAUACAGUCGCAACCAGAGAGCUAUUGGAAUCGAAAAAGCAUUGGAUCUAUCCAAAUCGAACAACACGGGUUUCAACGAACGGUUGUUGGCAAAUAUUUUCAAUCGUUACAACGAUCAGUAUGAAAAGUACAUGCUCGAUUACGCCGACAAGGAUGAUACCGACAUGAUAGACCUUAUUGUUCAGGACACUCAGAACAAAGUAUACAACAAACUGCACCCUGAGUGGUCUCCUGAAUUCAAACGGAACGAAAUACCGUGCAUUCUAGCCGGUCCGGUGGCCGUGUGGUCCAUCUUGGUGUCGGAAGAUGUUUCCCAGACUGGUCAGUACCUUAAACCACAUACUAUCCAAGUUCUCAGCAUCCUGAGAUUGCUCUCCUUGGACAACUACAAUGUCGGCGUAGAAAAUCAUCUAGCACAAAUACUUACCGGUCAGGGAAAAUCGGUCAUCCUUGGACUGACGGCAGUAGUUCUAGCAUUAUUGGGACACAAUGUAGAGAUUGUAUGCUACAGCGAAUACUUGGUUGAACGAGAUGCGAACGAUUUCCAAAGCUUGUUUCAAAAGUUUUCAAUUGAUAAGAAAAUUUCGUACAAGACGUUUCAAGAUACGGCGAGUGAACAGUUUGAACCAUUGUGGAAGAAAGCAGAGCAAUACAUUGCGAAAUCCAUGGGAAUCAAGUACGGCUCUAAGUCAGCACACCGCGUUGAAAUUGAAUUUGGCAACAAUGUGCUUUUGAUUGACGAGGUCGAUGUCUUCUUCAUGGACAAGUUUUAUGGGAACACUUUAGUACCAACAUACACUCCGUCUGUUACGGGCCUUGGAAUUGUACAGGAAUGGAUUUGGAAACGAGUUCAUCAAUCCACAAUAACGUCAGUCAUUGUGUCUGAGGUACAACAUUUCAUCGACAAUUCAGAUCACCCAGAUGUAAAGAAAUUGAAAGCACUCAUGGAGCUUUCGGACCAAUACAUUUUAUUUGAUAAAAGUAAAUUUAAUGUGGGCCACACCAAUAGAACACUACUUCUAGAGCAUUUUACGAUCAUGACGGAUACUGCCUUGGACAUACGCUUUAGACUGGAAAAAGACGUCUGGAUUGAUGAAUUUAGUCUUGAUAGCAGUGGCAUCAUCACAAUGAAAGAUGAUGUAGGAGUAUAUCAAAGAAAUAUAGUAAGUGGGUAUAACAACAUCUUCAUCUAUUUCAAACUGCGAAAAGAAAAUUACAAAGAAAUAGUUGAUGAGCAUCAUAAUUUUGGUUAUCUGAAUAUACCACUUGCGGCAUUUUCUUUCGCAAAAAUGCCGGAAAAGUAUCCCCUAAUUCUUGGCGUUACUGGCACACUGACAAGUUUGAACGAUUAUGAAAAAGACGUAAUUGAAAACCAAUACAAAAUCAUUCGUAGAUCCAUUAUGCCAUCAUUCUUCGGUAGUUCCAAUCUAAAGUUUGAUCAGCACUCCAAUUUCCACUGUGUUUCGGAUGAGAUGAAAUGGAGAAACGCGAUAUUCACCAGAAUCAACGAAAUUGUUCAAGAUCACAGAUCGGUAAUCGUAUUUUUCUAUGAGGAUAACGAGCUAUCUUCAUUCAAGCAAGAAUUCAAGUCAAAACUGGAUCGGAUGAACGAAAUUACCAUCAAUACAGAUAGCAAUACUAAGAAUCGUUACAUCGCUGAUGCAGGUAUCGCUAAAACGGUUACUUUGGCCACCAGUGAGAUGGGACGAGGUGUCGAUUAUAAGUCUUCCACGGUGGUGGAGAUGAAUGGCGGAAUACAUGUGAUUCAAACGUGUUUCCUGACCGAUGAGAAAGAGGAGACACAAAUCAAGGGACGCACUGCUCGCAAAGAUAACCAUGGAAGUUACGAGCUGAUUGUUUGUCGUUCCCACCUGGUGCAGCUGGGAUUGAUUGAGGAGAAUGCCAACGACGAAGACAUUUGCUAUGAAAUGCUGCACAAAUCUAGAGUGCGCUUGGCUGCAGAUACCAGCAAAGAAUUGUCGAAGAGAGUUCAAACGGCCAAUGAACAACACGAGGAGUGUAUUAAAUUUUGUAAUGGUUUGUAGUCUAGAAUUGAAAUUUUUCGGCUUGGGAAUUUAUAAUUAUGCAGAGUAAAAAUAAAUUAUCAUGUUUAUUUUAACAGGUUUGUUAUUUCAAUCUAUUUCACGCAAGUAGACCAAAGUUCAACCCCCGUGGAGUUUUUAAGCAAUAUUAAGUGUUCCCUUCAUUGUGGUAGCUCCUAUUAUUGCGGUAUUUCAAAAAUACUGUUUUUACCAUUCUUACACCCAUAUAUAUACCCGGUAUAACUAUCAGCUUUUUACGCUAUGCUGAGGGGGUUAUUUAACUUUGACAAUUCUUGCCGACAGCCCUUGCCGCAUCAGAGCAUAUCAGAGUAAUCGAAAAAAAAUUCAGUUCAAUUCUAUCAAAACGUCAAAAAUAUUCACCAUUGUUGUUGGCUUGCGUUUUUCUGCAGGACUUAAUUCUUUUCUCUAACUUUCUUUAAUUUUAGGUUCAUAAUUGCCGUCACCAAUUGCGGUACCGAGAUUAAUGAAAUCGAACAUGUAGAUGGGCAAAACCAUGAGCUGGCAUAAUUUGGCAAAAUGAUUUUGUUAAAAUGGCCGGCACAUCCAUCCGUUCACUCGGCAGUACAUAUUACAUAUGAGCCAUAAAUAUUAUCUGCAUUAAACGUAUACCACCGCAGUCUGCAGAAGAAGUCCGAAGUUUUCUGGGGCUGAUUACGUUCAUGGGACGUCACAUUCCUCACCUUUCCACGUUGUGCAGUUCUCUGAAUGCACUUACAAGAAAAGGACAGAAGUUUGAAUGGACCAAAGUUCAUCAAAAUUCGUUCGAAACUUUGAAAAAUGCUCUGGCUAAAUUUGA